GCAUCAAGCGUCAUCCAUCGUACAAAGCUCUUCAGCACCCAUCCACCCACCCAUCCAUCCAUCCAUCCCACAUCCAUCCAUCUAUCUAUCUGUCGGUCCACACACUGCUCAUGGGUGGCCGCACCCCCGCCUGCCUUGUUUUCGCCUGCUCCUCCGCCCUCACUUGCUGCAGCCUCAGCUUGUGCUGCCGCAACCUCUCGGCCUGCACAGCUUCCUUGGCCUCUUUCUCCUGCUUCCGCUUCUCCGCUUUCAGCUUGUUCUUCCGCUGACGCUCUGUAAGGCCGGAUGACUCGCCCCUACCCCUCCCUCUACCGGGCGCUGUUUCCCACUCUGCCUCUUCCGCGGCCCUCAGGCGGCCCCCCAGCCGCCUCAUCUGCUCGAGUGGCGUCUCGUCAUCGGGUAUGUAGUAGGGAUUGCGUGUUGAAGCAGCGGCAGUCAGCUCAUCGUUGUCUGAAACCGACUCAUGGCCGUGGUCAUCCGCAUCUCCGUCGUCUUGCUCUGCUCCAGCGUCUUGCGGCAGGCGUCCUGGGUGAGCUGCUGCAGCAGCUGCAUCUGCAGGAGCGGCGGCCGCUGGUACUGUGCUGUUCUCGUGAUGUUGCCCAUCAGCAGGAUGACCCGUGGCGUCCGGCGGAGCGACGUUCUUGGUCCUUGCUGCUCUCUUGGUCUUCUUCUUGGCCUUGCGGCCUUGUUCACCGAACUCCUUCAAGAUCUCCUCAUCCGUCAGCUGCUGCGGCGCAUGUUGCUCGCCGAACAGGGUUGUGGCCAACCGGCUCAGCAAGUGACGGUAUCGGUAGCACAGAUAAGACAGCACAGUCACCAACACAAGAAGCCAAGAAACAGACAUUCGCUCCGCU